AUGACUAAACCCCCUCUCCCCUCGAUAUACGGAGUUCACCCAAAUGCUCUCAUACACGAUAUUCGAUAUGGCCACUAUGGUUUGCUUCCUCCGCCGUCUGUAGAUCCGACAAGCUUCGAUGAGUGGUUCGACAAGUUCGACGAGUGUUCUGACCUCCCUCUGAUGUUUGUCUGCUCGCCAACUCCUCCCGCAAUGACAAGCCACUUGAAACAGUUCAACUCUGCUCACUGUCGGAGGUCGACUGUCCCGUCGCCGUUGCAUCCCCCGCUCUGCCGGAGCCUGUGGACCCACCGGACCGGAUGUGUUACCGCCGCCAGCCACCAAGACACCGCCAUGCUGCAUACCGGAAAACUUCACCGACAGUCACCUGCCUCAACAUCGCUCGGCUUGCCUUCGUGGUGGCUUGCGAGUACAUUUGGGCCAAGGUGA